AUGAUUCAUACUAGUAUUGCAUCAAUUCCAAUUGAAAAGCUUGAAAACUUUGAAAAAUGCCUGCGAAACAAGUUGGAUGUCUAUAGUCGAAAGCUGGAGCUUGCCGAUCUGUACUCGCGACUUUUGACUGAAUGGAUAAAUUCAUCUUCCGAGGAAGCUGCAGAGCCUGCAGAGAUUCUCACCGACCAGGACACUCUGGAAGGUCAGAGAUUGAGACUUGAGAAGCUCUGUGAUAAGUUUGAGAGAGCAGUCUUUGAGCCUUACCAAACUGACCGAGUGGAGAUCGAUUCAUUUCUGGAUGAUAUUUUCCAAACGGAGCAGGCCAAGAGUUCUCUGGAUCGCUUGCGCGACGAUUUACGGAGGGGCCUCACUUGUAUAUGGAACCAGGAGGAUCCUUUUGACAUCGACACAUUAUCCAACUGCAUCCAAGCUCUCAAGAGAUCCGAUGUGAUUACAGAGGAGAAACGAGAAACUUUAAAGUACUUCCUCAACAACAAUGUCGCCUUGGCCGAAAUUGCCGACGUCUUGAACAUGAGAUACGCGGACUUGAAGAACUGGGACUGGAAUGUCGGGGUCGAUGGUAUCCCUGUACUUCCCCGCCAACAACUCAAUGGCAAAUACCGGAUAUGUAUGGAUGAUGAUUUCCUGCAAAUGAUCUUUAUGGAAUAUAUCUGCGUCCAAAUUUGCGAUACUCUCAAAGACGCUCUGAAGAGAUUCAUGACUGGUUCGUGGUGGAAAUUCAAGCAAGGGCCUCAGAUGAUGGAUAGGGAUACCAUUAGACGAAAGUAUUUCGUUGGCCCUGCAGAAGAGUAUACUGUUGAGGAGCUCCGUGAAAAUGAUUUUCAAUCCACAUUCUUCAUGUCAUCUCUACCGGACAAUUCAACAGAACAUGGCUUUGGAUACGACGAGGAUGAGGAGACGUUCGAAGGGAAAAGUGUGAGGCAGGAGCUACUCAGAAAGGUUGCUACGGAGACCUUUUUUCGCCACCAGUUUCAUGGUGAGGCUGCUAUUCUACAGACGGAUUUCCAGUGGUUUGGAACAUCAAUGCCACACAGCACCAUCUACGCUAUUUUGGAGUUCACCGGCUUUCCACAGGAAUGGAUAGAGCUUCUUCAAAAAUAUCUAGAAGCGCCAUUGAAUAUGGAUCAGUCAUUUGAAGGGCAUGAAAAGGUGGGGCCCCGAAAGCGCGGACGAGGAAUACCGAUCGGACACACUUCAGCAAAGUUGAUUGGUGAAUUAGUUCUCUUCAUCAUGGAUUUUGCGGUCAACCAAAAGACUGGCUUACUUCUUUACCGUCUUCAUGACGAUAUUUGGCUCACUGGCUCACCUGAAAAGUGUGCACAGGCAUGGGAAGUCAUGCAGGAGUUUGCCAAAUUGAUGGGUCUUGAAUUCAACCGAAACAAGUCCGGAUCUGUAUGUCUCGGAGACUCAGUUGACGUUCAAGUGAGAUCUCGAAUGCCUCUAGGUCCAGUCAAGGUCGGCUUUUUGAUGCUGAACACGGAGGGUAUGUGGGUCAUUGUUCAAUCUCAAGUUGAUGCACAUAUUCAGCAGCUUAAGCUUCAACUUGAGAGCUGCCAGAGUGUCAUCUCAUGGGUUCGCACCUGGAACAGCUGUAUUGGAAGGUUCUUCAAGAGCACCUUUGGUACGCCAGCAUGGUGUUUCGGACGUCCUCAUGUUGACGCUAUCCUUGAAACCUACAAGAAAAUGUAUGGGGUCAUUUUUGAAACUGGGGAUUGCAAAACUGGUGGGACUAUCACAAAGCAUCUGAAAAAUAUGAUUGAGCUUAAAUUUGGGCUCUCUGAAAUUCCAGAUGCGUUUUUCUUCCUGCCGGAGAAGCUUGGAGGUCUCAACUUGCGCAAUCCAUUUAUUUCAAUUUUCAGGUUCCGCGACGAUUUGGAUAGCUCUCCAGAUGCGUACAUGAAGGGAUCCCUCAUCCAUGAACGUAAGAGCUAUAUCUCUGCGGCAAGUGACUUCGAGAAAAUGAGUGCAAACGCUCGACGUCGCAGAUGGGAAUCCCUAGAGGAAGAUCAUGAACCGACUGAACUUACAGAAGCUUUUUUGCACACUGAUAAGGAAAAAUUCAUUUCUUUUGAUGAGUGGAGUAAGUUUCGGGAGAGUACAAGCUCCAAGUUGGCUGAUCUAUAUCUUCAGUUCAUGAGGGUCCCCUUAUGUGGUUUGAAAAAGCCAAGGUCAGAUCAAAACUUUCGCACAACAUUGCAAAGUGUAAGAAGUGAAUUUGGUCUUAGGAAUACCGCAGAACUACAUUGGACCCUUGCCUUCUUUGCUGAUAGUCUUCUGGCAAACUUUGGUGGAUUGAAUCUUGUCGAUAAACAAUUCUUACCAAUCGGCGUCUUGGAGAUGAUCAAAGAGAAGAAGGUGAGUUGGCAGAUGGUACUUUAG